AUGGAAGCGCAGGACUGCCAGGCGGCCAACACGCCGGAGGCCCCCUGCCGCGGCUUGGUGGCCGAGUGGUGGGACAUGGUGGGGCGGAGCGUGCGAUCUUUCCCACAUUCCUGUUCAACAUUUGGAAGAAAAAUCGCUGCUCUGUACAACAGUGUUACUAGUAAACCAUUAAAAGAACACAUUUUCCCUCCUCUGAUGGAAAUGCUAAUUUAUUUUAAUUUUUACAAAGCCCCAUUUCUUGUGGAUUUAAAGAAUCCAGAGGCAAAGAUUCCCCACACGGUGAACUUUUACAUCAGAUCUGAGCCCGGGGUGAUUCUGGGAGUGUGGCACACAGUGCCCAGCUGCCGGGCAGGCGACGCCAGGGGGAAGGAUCGGGGCUGGUACGAAGCGGCGUUGCAGGAUGGGAACCCGAUCAUUGUCUAUCUUCACGGCAGCGCACAACACAGGGCAGCUUCUCACAGAGUCAGGCUGGCAAAGGUGCUCAGUGACGGUGGCUUUCACGUCUUGUCUGUUGACUACAGAGGGUUUGGAGACUCUACAGGCAAGCCCACAGAGGAGGGACUGACUGUGGAUGCCAUCUGUGUCUACGAGUGGACCAAGGCAAGAAGUGGCAUGACCCCUGUGUGUCUCUGGGGCCACUCUCUGGGUACAGGAGUUGCCACAAAUGCUGCAAAAGUAUUAGAAGAGAAAGGAUGCCCAGUUGAUGCCAUUGUCUUGGAAGCUCCAUUUACCAACAUGUGGGUUGCAUGCACCAGUUAUCCCUUGUUAGUGAUCUGCCGGAAAUUUCCACGAUGUUCACGUGCUCUCAUGGAUGCCAUGAAGAGAGACAGAAUAGUCUUCCCCAGUGAUGAAAAUGUCAAGUUCCUGUCCUCCCCGCUGCUCAUCCUACACGGAGAGGACGACAGGACGGUGCCUCUGGAGUGUGGGAAGAAGCUCUAUGAAAUCGCACACACAGCAUACAGGAACAAAGAGAGGGUCAAGAUGGUUAUCUUUCCUCCUGGCUUCCACCACAACCUCCUUUGUAAAAGCCCCCUCCUGAUAAUGACCGUGAGGGAUUUCCUGAGCAAGCAGUGGGCCUGAGGGCCGAAGCCGGCAGGGAGGACUUGGUCCCAACACCACCUCUGACGUGCGUUAUUGUUGUGCAAGGCCAUUUGGAUGAGCUGAAGCCAUCUGCCAUUUUAAUAAGGCAGGCGUGGGUGCUGGGUGGAUGGGAUUGUCCUCACUUAGCUCUGCUGUGUGAAGUGUGCAAAAUGUCCAAGUGGGGAAUGAGAACUUGAUAGAAUGUGGGUAUUAUCUGUGUAGUGAUCCAAGAUCCCGGAGAUGCUGUGCAUAAGGUGGUAGCUGUGACUGGAAUGUCUAUCUGUCCCAGAAUUCCUAUGUUGAAGCCCAACCAGCAAUGUGAUGGACUUAGGAGCGGAGCCUUUUGGGGAGGGUGUUAGGUCCCAGGGCUGAGCGCACGUGGGUGGGACUGGUGCCCUUACAAGACAGGCCCCAGUCAGUCCCUUCUCUUCCACUGUGUGAGGACACAGGAGAAGGCGCCAUCUGUGAACCAGGAUGUAGCCCCUGCCACACUCGGAAUCUGCCAGCACCUUGCUCUUGGACAUCACAACCUCCCAAAAUCGUACUGUUUGUCAGCUGUCCGGGUUAGGACAUUUCCCUACCUUGACCUGAAUGGAUUAAGGCAGUGAUCUCAGCUUUGGACUUAGCAGUGGGAGAAAGGUGUUCUGAUGUAGCUAAAGGAUUUGUAUUUGAGCUUAGUUCAUUUAAAGGGU